AUGAAAAACUAAUAGAAGCUGAUUGAAGACCGAUAAGCGAAAAAUGGAGAAGAACUCUUACCUGUGUGACGUAUGUGACAAGUCAUUCAGCCAAAUUGGAAAAUUGAUGAUACAUCGACGUACGCACACUGGCGAAAAACCUUACGCAUGCGAUAUAUGCGACAAGUCGUUUGCUGUAAGUGACAGUUUAACGAAACACAAACGCACACACACUGGUGAAAAACCGUACACAUGCGAUGUAUGCGACAAAUCUUUCUCUCAAAGUUGCAGUUUAACGAACCAUAAACGCACACACACUGGCGAAAAACAUUAUGCAUGCGAUAUAUGCGACAAGUCGUUUGCUGUAAGUGACAGUUUAACGAAACACAAACGCACACACACAGGAGAAAAACCUUACGCAUGCGAUAUAUGCGACAAGUCGUUCGCUAUAAGUAAUAAUUUAACGAACCACCAACGAACACACACUGGCGAAAAACUGUACGCAUGCGAUAUAUGCGACAAGUCGUUUGCUGUAAGUGACAGUUUAACGAAACACAAACGCACACACACAGGAGAAAAACCUUACGCAUGCGAUAUAUGCGACAAGUCGUUCGCUAUAAGUAAUAAUUUAACGAACCACCAACGAACACACACUGGCGAAAAACCGUACGCAUGCGAUGUAUGCGACAAGUCGUUCAGUGAAAAUACCAAUUUGAAAAAGCAUCAACGCACACACACAGGUGAAAAACCGUACGCAUGCGAUAUAUGCGACAAGUCGUUUGCUGUAAAUGGCAGUUUAACGAAACACAAACGCACACACACUGGUGAAAAACCGUACGCAUGCGAUAUAUGCGACAAGUCGUUUGCUGUAAGUGGCAGUUUAACGAAUCACAAACGCACACACACUGGUGAAAAACCGUACGCAUGUGAUGUAUGCGACAAAUCUUUCUCUCAAAGUUGCAGUUUAACGAACCAUAAACGCACACACACUGGCGAAAAACAUUAUGCAUGCGAUAUAUGCGACAAGUCGUUCGCUAUAAGUGAUGAUUUAACGAAACACCAACGAACACACACAGGCGAAAAACCGUACGCAUGCGAUAUAUGCGACAAGUCGUUCUCUACGAGUAGCAGUUUGACGACACAUCGACGUACGCAUAUUGGCGAAAAACCAUAUGUAUGCGAUGUAUGCGACAAAUCUUUCUCUCAAAGUGGCAAUUUAACGAACCACAAACGCACACACACUGGCGAAAAACCUUACGCAUGCGAUAUAUGCGACAAGUCGUUCGCUGUAAGUGGCAGUUUGACGAACCAUCGACGUACGCACACUGUUAAAAUGGAGCUCAGAACUUCUCUAUAAAAUGAGAAACCACAAUAAAUGUUUAUUAUUCAUUAAACUUCUUUAGAAACAAAUAAUUUUUUCGAU